AUGUCAGGGUUUCCGGACGCAAGCACGAACACGGACGCAGUAUUUUUGUUCAAGAUAUUCGUAUACCACGUGGCAUACAAAGACCACGAAGAAAACAUAGCAUUAAGACUAAUAAAACAGCACUCUGACGUGGACGAACCCGAAAGUAGUCCAGCAUCGCCGGAGAUAACGUAUGAACCCGGGAGCACUAGGAAAGCUUAUUUCGAUGAGCUGGGCUAUGUCGCCGGAGGAUCGAAAGACUCUGAUCCCUACAUCAAGAACAGAUUCAAUCAGGCCGCAUCCGAUAAUCUGCCCAGUAAUCGCGUUAUACCGGACACAAGGAAUCCUAUGUGCCGUCUCAAGAAAUACGAUGAAGAUCUUCCGGAGACCAGCGUCAUUAUCACCUUCCACAACGAAGCAAGGUCUACAUUACUCAGAACCAUCGUCAGCGUUCUGAACAGAAGUCCCGAACGUCUCAUCAAAGAAAUUAUACUGGUUGACGACUUCAGUGAUAACCCGGAAGACGGAGCAGCAUUACGAUCGAUAAGAAAGGUCCGCGUAAUCCGCAACACAAAACGAGAGGGUCUGAUGAGGUCCAGGGUUCGAGGAGCUGACGCCGCAACUGCUCCGGUCCUCACCUUCUUGGACUCUCAUGUAGAAUGCAACGUACAUUGGCUGGAACCUUUGCUGCAAAGGAUUAAAGACGACCCAACCCGCGUCGUGUGUCCAGUUAUAGACGUGAUCAGCAUGGACACCUUCCAAUACAUCGGAGCGUCGGCGGACCUGCGAGGCGGUUUUGACUGGAACUUAGUCUUCAAGUGGGAAUACUUAUCGCAUACGGAACGUAGCGCCCGUCUCACUGAUCCCACUCAAGUAAUCAGGACCCCUAUGAUAGCUGGUGGACUAUUCAGCAUGGACCGACUUUACUUCAACAAACUCGGGAAAUACGAUAUGAAAAUGGACGUGUGGGGAGGAGAGAACUUGGAAAUUUCAUUCAGAGUUUGGCAAUGCGGAGGCUCCCUCGAAAUCGUGCCUUGUUCCCGUGUGGGUCAUGUCUUCAGGAAACGCCAUCCGUAUACAUUCCCCGGCGGCUCCGGGGCGGUAUUCGCGAGGAAUACCAGAAGGGCGGCCGAAGUCUGGAUGGACGAUUACAAAGAACUAUACUAUAGAUCUCAACCACUCGCGAAGCAAGUCGACUUUGGAGACAUAUCCGAGCGGGUCACUUUACGCGACAAACUGCACUGCAAGCCGUUCCGUUGGUACUUACAACACGUGUACCCUGAACUCAAAAUACCAGCCCAAUUAGGGGGACCCCAUCCUAUAAAACAAGGAAUAAGAUGCCUAGACACCAUGGGACAUCUGGUCGACGGGACGAUAGGAAUGUAUCCUUGCCAUUACACGGGAGGCAAUCAGGGAUGGCUCUUCGAAAACGGCCUCAUCCGACAUCACAGUCUCUGCGUCUCCUUGUCCAACGAGGAUCGUGUCACGGCAGUAUUAGCACCCUGCGACCCUUCGGACGACGCCCAGCUCUGGACACGGAAGGGUCAACUCAUAAGACACGAGAAACUGGACGCGUGCUUAGACACGGAACGCACUGAUCUACAUCUAGAACAAUGCGACGAAGACAAACCGAGUCAGCAAUUCACCUUUUAAACUCAACUGAUCCAAGUAUUUAAUUGGUUUUAUAUUUGACGUGUAAUGAAUGACGUUACUUGUAGGAGAUUAGAUUUAGGAAUCAGAUUUUCGGAUAGACGUGAAUGAUUUAUUACAAAUUAGUUUUAGGCUUCAGUUAAUACAUGAGAUAGGACAAUGUUAAAUCGAGUUAUAAGCAAUAAAUAUGUUUAAAAACGAUAGAGCUAUGAUUGUCUAAGCACAUACAAAAGUACUUAGUGAUCUUGAAAUAAUAAAACGUAAAACAUUAACGUAAUAGUCGGGAAAUUUUAAAUAUGACGUAACUUUCAAUGUUUUGAUAUAUCUUCGGCUAUUAAAAAAUAAAUCUAUAAAACAUAUUAAUCCGGUUAAUCGAGAUGUAGUACCACAAGUAAUUAUUAACAAAUAUAUAUAUUAAAAACAAUUAAUUCACGGAAGGAUUUCUAUUGUAAAACUACUGUCUACAUGAAUUGCUAUUUAUGUGUUUACACUUUUAUAUCGCGUACUUAAAAUUAUUGUAUACUUAGGUGCUCUUAGAUCGUAUAAAAUAUAAAUAGGCGCUGUAUCUAAAACAAUUUGAAGGCGCCCUUUGAUUUCUUGUUUGUGAGAAUCUAAUUACGUAAAACAUAUUUUUGUCUCGAAUUCAAAAACAAUUUAAAACAUUCUUAAAGUCAACAACGUAUUGAAAUCGCAAGCGUGGUUUUUGUGUCGAUUAAUUAAUUUUUCUUGGUUUUUUUUUUAUUUCAUGAUAAUAUCCUCUUUUUCAACUGGUAGUAUAAAUAUGAAUAAAUCAUUUAUAGCAUCACAAUAUUGUAAUGUGAUGCAUGACAUAGCCACAAUUUCUAAUCGUGAGCGGGGCUUGAACAUAAGCGACAGUUAAAGACUGCUAGUAAUUAUGAUUUGAACAAACCGUACUAAGUAGACACUUUUAGCGUUAAGAAUUGUACAUUCCAUUUUAGUUGUGAGAUAAACAAAUUUUAAAACUAUUUUUAGUCUGCGUUAGAAUGUAAUCUUCAGAAAUUUCUAUUGACUAUUAACAAAAUAAUUUCAUAUCGAAAUAACGAAUCUAAUUUAAGAUGUUCUAGAAUUUU